AUGACAGAUCUUUGCAUUUCGGAGUAUACUAAAAUUGAAUGCGAGAAAAUGUAUGGACUAAUACUCGAAAAUAUGUCCGAAUACAUUCGGCAAAAAUACGGAGAGGACAAAUGGGAAGAAAUAAGAAGAGUCGCGGCUGUUGAUCAGCCCAGUUUUAGUGUUCACCAAGUCUAUCCGGAAACUUUGAUCCCACGACUCGCUAAAAAAGCCAUUGCGAUACUUGGUGUCUCAGAAAAAGAGUUCUUCGAUCAAAUGGGGGUACAUUUCGUAAGUUUCGUCGGUCAAUAUGGAUACGACAGAGUUCUGUCGGUAUUGGGCCGACAUGUUCGUGAUUUUCUCAAUGGGCUCGAUAAUCUUCAUGAGUAUCUAAAAUUUUCUUACCCUCGUAUGCGAGCGCCAUCCUUCAUUUGCGAAAAUGAAACUCGUCAAGGUUUGACACUCCAUUACCGAAGCAAAAGACGUGGCUUCGUUUAUUACACCAUGGGCCAAAUACGCGAAGUUGCGAGACAUUUUUACCACAAGGAUCUGCUGAUUGAGCUAGUGCGUGAAGAAGUACUUUUCGACACGGUACAUGUAACUUUCCAGCUAACGUUCGAUAAUCGGGCGUUUACGCUAGCGUCACUAGCGAUGACGCGGGAAGAAAAACACUUACCGAUCGGGGCAUCUGUUUUGUUUGAGAUAUUCCCAUUUUGCAUCGUUUUUGGAUAUGACAUGAUUGUUAAGAGCAUCGGUAAUUCUCUGAUGGUAAUUUUACCAGAUUUGGUUGGGAAGAAAAUCACACAUUGGUUUGAUUUAGUGAGACCGUUGAUUGCUUUCAAGUUUCAAUCGAUAUUACAUAGAACGAAUAAUAUUUUUGAAUUAGUAUCAGUCGAGCCAGUUUUAACAGAGCGACCGUCAGAUCGCAAGAAACACGCGUUACUUCUCAGUGACGAUGAGGAAAAUUUAUCAGACGACAAAACGUUGAGAUUAAAGGGACAAAUGAUUUACAUGGAUAAUUGGCGGAUGAUGAUGUACCUUGGCACUCCGGUAAUGCCGGAUCUUAACGCACUAAUUGCAACUGGAUUGUACAUCAACGAUCUGUCGAUGCAUGAUUUUAGCAGAGAUUUGAUGCUAGCUGGUACUCAACAAUCUGUAGAGUUAAAACUGGCAUUGGAUCAAGAACAAUUAAAGAGCAAAAAGUUGGAAGAGUCAAUGCGUAAGCUUGAUGAAGAAAUGCGUCGUACGGAUGAACUUCUUUAUCAAAUGAUACCGAAACAGGUUGCUGAUAGGUUGCGAAAUGGAGAAAAUCCUAUCGAUACUUGUGAGAUGUUUGACAACGUUUCGAUUUUAUUCUCUGAUGUAGUAACUUUUACAGCAAUUUGUAGCAGAUUAACACCUAUGGAGGUUGUAUCAAUGCUAAAUGGGAUGUAUUCACUUUUUGACACUCUCACGGAACGCAAUCGUGUUUAUAAGGUAGAAACGAUUGGAGAUGCUUACAUGGUCGUUUCUGGAGCGCCCUCUAAAGAAACAGAUCAUGCUGAUCGUGUUUGUGAUAUGGCUUUAGACAUGGUUGAAGCUAUUACCGAUUUAAAAGAUCGUUCUACUGGUGACCACUUGCAAAUCCGGGUGGGUAUCCAUAGUGGUGCAGUAGUAGCAGGAAUAGUUGGUCUAAAAAUGCCGCGAUACUGCCUGUUUGGAGACUCUGUAAAUACUGCCGCGCGUAUGGAGGCCACAAGUGAGGCCAUGCAAAUUCAUAUAUCAGAAUCGACUAAAGAGUUACUGUCGCCCUCCUAUAAGGUCAAGGAGCGUGGUGAAAUACAGGUCAAGGGAAAAGGGUCAAUGAAAACAUACUGGCUGGAAAAACGUCCCCUGCGCUCCAACGUAACAAAAAACAUAAUAAUUCAAGAGCCGCCGAUCUGGAUGAACCGCGUUUCUGAGAAACGUGCCCUAAUUUCUACAAGUACUGGAAUUAAUGCGGGCUGCGUAUCUCCUAACAAAUUAGCAGACAGCCACUCGCAUGGAGAUAUGUCUGCAAAAUCUCCUGGCUCAAGAAUAUCUUCUCCCACUCCUUUUGGAUCUACGGGAAUUAUUUCUGAUGAGAGGCGCAUUUACUCGCCAAUUACGUUUCAAGAUGUUGCGCGUCGUUCAGAAGCUAACACCCCUACCAAAAUCUCUAAUACUUUAGAACUUCGUUCCAAAUCAGUCAGUGAAGUAUCAUCAACUUCUACAGCAGUUUGCAAUCCCUCAAACGUCUUCGGCUCUCUACUGAACGAUACCGAGGAACAUUUUCGUCUUCACCGAGACAGUCUUCCAAUCAGAGAACAAUCAGCAGGUGUACACGGUAGAACAGAAUCGAAAAGCAACAGCAAUAUCAGCAAUAAAUCGGGAUUAAGCAGCACAAUAGACACCAAAUCCCCCGACACAGAAUUUUCACGAGAAGCGACGCCAUGUAACGAUAUCAACGUCCUCAUGAACGCAUUCUGCCCUGCAAUGGAAAGCAAUGAAUUUAUCGACAAUUCGCAAUUAUUAAUCAGGUCCGACCAAUGUUGUCCUGGUUUCGCAAUCACCAAAAGCGGAAAAGCUAAACAUCAUGGCAAUGGAUGCUCCAUUUGUUAA